CUUUAACCAGGUUUGGGAGAGCCAAUGUCGUGCGAUGAUUUUUGCAAGCAGGAUCUUACAGGAACCGAGGGAAUCCUGGAACCAUGCGUGAACGACGAAGGACUGGUUCCAAAAUACCAGCAAUGCCUGUGGAACAUCCUCAGAAAAGAUGGGAUUGAAGCGAUCGAGAUCGUACUGACACCUGAAGAUUUCGGGGAUUUCGAAGAGAGAAGCCUGUUGUUGAAGAUAGGUUAUGGAUACAAAGACGACUUCCCAAUAGGAAAUGAGGAAACGGAACUGGCCUCAUUUGACGGCCCCGUGACAGAGAAUACAACUGUGGAAGUGACUCUCGAGGACGCCUGGGUUUUCAUGCUGACCCGCUCUCCGAUAAACCCCUUCAGGAUCUUCUAUAUCAUGAAGAAAGAAGACGAAGUGGAUUUCUUAGAGGAGGAAAUGCCUCGCGGAAGGGGGAACGACUGCGAGAAAGACGAGGACUGCAACGGAGAUGCCAACCUGAAGUGCGACGAUAAAAUCCAAAAAUGCAAUUGCAAGAACGAUUUCUUCCUCCAUCCUCAACUGCUCUCAUGUGUUCCACGAUGA